AAAAAAAUGUCUGAAAUAUCAGCUUUAUAUAGACGCUCUCUAAAAACUGCUUUAAAUUGGUAUGUAGAUCGUGUAUUAUGGCGUCCUGUGGCUUUAGAAAUACGCGCUCGUUUUGAAGCAAAUAGAAACGUUACUUCUACACAAGAGUUACGUAAAAUUAUACUUGCUGCCGAAAAAGAACUUGAAGAAAAUAGUCAUCCUGAUCCUUACAAAUAUCCAACUGCACCGGGGGGUACAAAAUGGGAAAGAAAUAUUCCUCCACUAUUAUUUGGAGAAAAUCCAGUAAUAUCCUAAUAUUAUUCAAUGUUUUCCUAAACUAUUUAAAUUGCUAACUACAAUUUUAAUAAAUAGGAAGGUCGCCAUCAUUAACUUAUAGUAUAAUAAUGAAAUUAAAAAAAUUGGUACAAUACUUUAUAAAGUCAUCAUUGGACUUCAGCUGAAUAAAAAUCUUAGAUUAUGAAAGAACAUUAGAAACUAGUUUAAGUAUUUCUUCAAUACUCUUACCAACAUUUUUCAUAUCUUUUGCAACAAUCUGCCACUGUUCGCCAUGGUGAGGUUCAGCAGUUACACAUCUUGUAAUUACGUCUUGUUGUUGUUGCUGUUAAAUAAUAUUUAUAUAUAUUAGUAACAAUUUAGCCUAUGAAGUCAAAUUUAAUAUUUAAUAAAUACCUCUGUUCCGUGUUGACAUUCAA